UUGAGUUCGAUUCAACAAUUUGCGAAAAAAGGAAGAAAAACGUGCCCUAAUUCUAAAUAUAAAGAGCUAAGCUGCCCUAAAAACUUGCUACCAAACCGAAGUGUAAACAGUAAAGUUAAACGAGUGAGAAAACUACCUACAAAAUUAAAAAAAAUUUAAUUAAAAAGGAAAAGAUGGUCACACUGGUAUGGAAUGAAGACUAAAAAGUGUCGAAUUAAGAAGUCGCGAUGGCUAGAAAUGCGGAGAAAGCUAUGACAACGCUCGCGCGUUGGAGAGCUGCUAAAGAAGCUGAAAGUGGAGAAAAAGAUCGAAGACCAUUCCUAGCUUCAGAAUGCUCUGAUCUUUCUAAAUGCGAAAAAUAUCGCCUGGAAAUCAUUAGGGAAAUUUCAAAGAAGGUGGCACAAAUUCAGAAUGCAGGUCUAGGUGAAUUUCGAAUCCGCGAUUUGAAUGACGAAAUUAAUAAAUUACUGCGAGAAAAACGGCAUUGGGAAAAUCAAAUAUCAUAUCUAGGUGGUCCGCAUUAUAGGCGAUAUGGACCAAAAGUAAUUGAUAGUGAAGGAAGAGAAGUACCUGGAAAUCGUGGAUAUAAGUAUUUUGGUGCAGCUAAAGAUUUGCCGGGAGUAAGAGAGCUCUUUGAACAAGAGCCUCCGCCGCCUCCUAGAAAAACUCGAACAGAAAUGAUGAAAGAUGUAGAUGCUGAUUAUUAUGGAUAUUUAGAUGAUGAUGAUGGCAUUUUAAUUCCCCUCGAGGAAAAAGCUGAAAAAUUAGCCAUAGAAAAGGCAAAACAAAGCUGGUCAGGAAAAGUAGGAGAAGUAAAUACCGAAAAUCCAAAUCAAAUAGAUAUUUCAAGAGUAACUGUAUAUGUUGAAGUUCCGUCACAAAAAGAGAUAGAAGAAGCAGUUCUACGAAAAAGAAAACAACAGCUUUUAGAAAAAUAUGGCAUUAAUUAAACUUUAUUACAUUUAGACUAAUAUAAUCUAGUAAAUAAGUAUGGUAUAUAUUUAUUAUAUAGGUAAGGUAUAUAUUUUCUAUUCUAGAAGAACAUAAACAUUUGCAAGUGUAAUAUAAGUAUGUAUACAUGUGCCUAUGUCAAAUUUUACAUUUGACACUUAAAAUCAAACAUAACCUGUAUAUAUAUACACACAUAUGUACAUAAAAGUACUAAAAAGCAUUUGAAUAGAACAAGCAUCCUUUUUACAAAUAAAUUAAAAAUGAUAUUACCAAAAUUUGUAAUCACUUCCCUUGUUAGACAUAAUUAUGCACCAAUUUUUCGUAAACAUAUUUCCACUACAACCUCAUGCUCUAUUAAAGAAA